UUUAAAAUGUGGUUUUAUUUAAGACUUGUUGUGUUGCUAGUAGUUGUUACAAGUGUGAAGCACGUUUCUACGGCAGAUGCCAUUUGCGAACGAAUAGAUUUCAAUGAUUUCAGAUCUUUGAAGAUCUAUCAGUGCUCGGGCACAUACAGAGAGAUAUUGCGGCUAUCUGCCUAUGGCUCGUCGUCCAAGUUCACCUCAUACCGUCCAAACGUAGUGUACUACUUGUCUAAUGUCGUACCGGGAAUCAGUUGUUGUGAAACAAUUGAAAGUUUCUUCGUGAAUGCCUUCACUGAGAUUCGAAUGAUUUAUCAGCUAUCGUUCCGCACCACCUCUUCACUGACCGUGAGACUGCUUGAUUUAGAUCAAAAAGAUUCUCGAGGAAAUCCGGCCGUGGCACAAAUUUGGUCCACCCAAACUGCCACCGCGACGUGGAGUUUAUUCCUGGGACGGGUGGAAAAAGAAAUCAAACGAGCACUGAUACAGAUCGAAGUUGAUAUGAGUACCGAGGGUAGCAUUGCUAUCGAGUACUUGACGGUGUUCAAUCCGCUGGUGCUGGAAGAGUUCUGCAUGCAACUAGACGAAUUUUACGUGCCUCCUUCAACGACUAGCACCGCUCGACCUACCACCCCAAUUAGUCGGACUACCACGAGAAGGACUACCACGCGGAGAACAACAUCAACUACCACUACGGAAGUCCCAACAACAACAACCACAACAGAAGCUCCAACGACUACAACAACAACUACAACAGAAGCUCCAACGACUACAACAACAACUACAACAGAAGCUCCAACAACGACGACAACAACAGAAGCAAGCUCCAACAACGACGACAACAACAGAAGCUCCAACAACGACUACAACAACAGAAGUUCCAACAACGACGACAACAACAGAAGUUCCAACAACGACGACAACCACAAAAGCUCCGAGAACUACAACAACAACAAAGGCUCUAACAACGACGACAACAAUAACAGAACCACCAAUAACGACGACGUCAACAAUAACAACAACAGAAACUUCAACAACAUCAACUACAAAAUCUGCAACAAGAACAACCGAAAUUCCAACAAAUACUACUCCGGUGUUUCCAACUACCUUGGAACCAAUUUCGAUUCCUACAACAUCGACAUCCUCCCUUCCCGAGACUACUACAACUCAGCUAUCAACAACAGAAAGCACAACCGAAUCAACCCAGACACAGCCUACUCGGACCACAUCCUCCACCCGACGUACCCGAACUACAACGCGAAGAACAACUCCGACAAGCGUUCCAGAAACAUCGACAGCGGAACCAACGACAACAACCUCUACAACGGCAAAGCUGCCUGA